GUAUAUACUUUUCAUUUUUUUCUUUUUUAAUAAUAGUGAAAAAUGGAAAUUUGGUCAUAUUUUUUUUGGCGAUGAGACCUUUGUCCGACUAACUUUUUUGAGAAAAUGUGUAAUUUAGGGAUGGCUCACAAACCGAAAAGUGUUCGCUAAACGUCAAUCCAAAGUUUUAAUUUUACGCCCUUCCACCCUAUUUCCCUCCCUUAACGCCAUCAAAAAAUUUAAUAUACAAGUAUCGUUCUUCCGCAAAAUCACAAUCACUCGGACAUACGCCCUUCUAAAGCAUGUCGACCACAAAUCAGUUCAAACUAAAUUCUAUGCUCCAUUCGAUUUGUGAGUCAAAUCUUAAGUGUGAUGCUUCUGUAAAGAAUGUGAUUAUUUUGAAAUUACAUGUUACGGAUAGAUCACAACAUUAAAAACUCUCGUGUGUUUAGUAAAGCGCUCUUUCUUUUACAUUUUUUUAUUGUUGAAUUUUAUUUCUAGUUUUUCAGUUUAUCACACAAUGAGAGAAUCAUCAUCAUCAUACUGUUCAGAGCAGUAUCAUUCCUUCACGGAAAUCAAAGCUGACAUGAAACGCCGCGAGACUGAUGCGGCGAAGAAAAAUACACUCGAAUACAAGACUCGAUACGCGGUCAAUAAAAAAGACAAGGAAUUACAAUUGCAAAAGAACGUGAAAAUGUUCGAAAAUGAUUUCAAAAAAAUGGUGUCCAAAUGUGGAAAAUAUAACCCGCAGAUCAAUGGAAAGUUCCGCUUCGAUGGUCACCCCAGACUGCCUCGGCAACCGUUGUGUUUGCCCUCUCAAACAAUUUCAAGCACGGAUGGGCAGUCGCAACAAGGAUGUCUUAGUAAAUCUUCGUACUUCUUUGAAACACACAUUCCACAAGAAUGUAACAGAAACUAUUUCGAAAGUUGGAACUCCUCCACUGUAUCUCCUUCCAUGUCUAAUGUGCGUUCGAACGGAAAUGGAAUAUUACCGACACCGAAUAUAGCUUGCUCGCAAAAGGCUCCCGCGGAGAAGAACUUUGAAUUAAAAGACGCCAUCAUGCCUCCCAUUCAUAACAUUUGCGAUUUUGACGCGUCUACGCUAUCCUGUUACUCGUGGGAAGAAAUCGAGAAAAAGAACGUUAACGAGAUAAUCGAGCAAAAAAGAGCUCAAAGGUUUUUUCGGCUAGACGUCACUCAACAUCAAAUAUAUAAAUCCCUCAUAAAUAAUGGCAGACUCGAGCUCCCACGUGAUAUUAUAAAAGCACUUUCGUGCAUAUCACCGGCGUAUGUGAAUUAUUUCUUCCUGCAAGAGUGUACGACCCAAAUCGAGAGCAGCGUGCAGUUGAUAGGCAUAGCUCAACUUUGUGAACCUGUCCCGGUGUUUGACGAAUACGGUAGUAGCGAAGUUUACGUGGUGUAUUACUGCUUGUCAAGAAGUGGUAUUGACACGAGGAUGUUCGAUGUUAACAGUCAAGUUAACGACAGACACCUCUUGCAGAGGUAUAGUCAAGUUUUAAACGACAAGGCAGCUCAGCCGUUCAUUCCAGAAAUAUACCCAUAUUCUGGUGUAGUACCGGAUUAUCUACGAACUAGCGGCUUUUCACUUUCUGCGCGGACUAGUAAAGAUCACGGGCAGGUUAAUAAGGACGAUAUGAAGGAUGUAAACAGUGAAGUCGCAUACGACAAAUUCGACUUUUAUGAUGACAUCGACGCCACGACAGUUGCAACUUUGCCGCCGCUUAAGAGGCUGCAGAAUUCAGACAAGACUUUAAACAUUGAACCAUGGGAAACACUCGAAUAUAGAAAUCUGGAAGAAAUAUCAGAAUGCAUUCAAUCGAGAUAUUUUAUUUACGACGUGACGUUAGAAAAUCUUCGACUGUCGUUACGACAAAACGGCGAACUAAAAGUGGAAAAUUUUAUGUGUGAUAUCCUUGCCAAUGUGAGAAGUCGGCCUACAUAUUUAGUACUAAGGGAGGCUCGUGGUGAACGAGCGGCGACAAAGCCAGUCAUAGGUGUUGCUUUUGCUGCGUCGAACAGCGAAGUAAUUGGUCAACUACGAAUUGUGUUUUUAUGUUUGUCAAGACCGAGAUACGUUGGUAGUCCGUGGUGCGAUGAAGAGCUGUAUACCAGUGGCCAAGAACUUGUUCACAAAGAAGAUAUUCGAAUUCUCUUGGACGAGUAUAAGAUGUCGUUGAGACACAACAAAGUGGAAGCAGUGUUCCAUGAUGUUUAUCCUUGGUCUGGAAAUCCUCCAGUGGUCAGGAUGAAGAGUAAUGAACAAGUUUUGAAAUUAAAACAGAUGGACAACGAAGACCAUCACUGUGCUACACGAAGCGACUCAAAUCACAACAAACUGAGUUCUGAAAAGAUAUCCCCUACAACUCCAAGUAAACAGUUUAAAAAAAAGACGCACAGUCCUCAGCAAACCGCCCCUUUAACACCGAAGAAAAAACAACCAAAUCCAGGAAUUCCAAACAAGAGCAGUUUUUCCACGCCGAAAAAGCAUCAAAAUCUCAAGAAUAGUUCUUUAUUGACGCAAGGUACUCCGAAGAAUGCAAGUCCACCACGCAAUAAAAGUCUGUCACGCAAUACCAGACGCCCAUCGCGCCUGCUACCUAAUCUUAAGGGUUUGUAUGUGGGCUGUACAAAAGAGUUCUGCUCAGACAGUUGGCAAAUGUUAGAAAAAAACAACAUUGAACAGUUGACGCAUAUUUGUGGCGACAUCGAGUUUUACUUAUGCGAUACUAACAUUUACAAUAUCCGUCAGUCGUUCAAAACUUCUUUGUUGGAAAUAUCUGAAAGUAACGUGCAAAAUCUUGCGUCAUCAGGCCGUGGUCGAAAAUAUUUUGUACUGCGGACACACGUACACGAUCAAAACACCCUGUCUAUCAUUGGUAUUGCGAACGUUCUCGUUUCUGACUGCUUGAUUAAGGUUCCAAAUAAAAGCGGAUAUUUUUAUGCUAAGGUUUUAUACUAUUGCUUAUCACUGCCGAAUUUGCGAGGUAAUCCUUUGUUACGGCCCACGCAUUGCGACGGUAUGGAGAUUUACGCGCAUAUUGUCAACCAACUGUGUCAACAAUACAUGAUGUGUUUGAAAGAAGGGAAGGCUCGACCAAUCUUCAAUGAUAUUUUUCCUUGGUGCUCUUCUCCACCUCCUCAAAAAGGGUCAUCAAGUAAAAGUUCUACGAAAUCGCCGUUGACGUCACCUUACGCGAACGUAAAAGAAAAUAAUAAUGUGUUUUUCCCGGCAUCAUCUGAGUGCUCAAAAAAAACCGCUGCCGUUGUGGAUGACACCAUCGCAGACGUUAAUUUACUUUCACUUCUAGAUUCUGGAAUUUCCCCGACUAUAAACUUUGCACAGAUUGAGCGAGAGAUAUCAGAAGUUUCUAUUCAAGCAAGUCCUGCAUCCGCUCAACUAUACCCGGCAUUAUUUUAUCCUCGCGAGCAAACUCACUCAAAGAAACAGGCAGAGGGGAGGUAUAAAAAAAUUGCAAGUGAAUUUACAUGUGAUUUUGAAAAGAACAAUAUCAAUAACAACAUACGCAGUCCAUUAAAAUCUAAAGGAGUUAACAAAUGUGAUUUUUCUGCACAAAGGGGGAGAGCUAGAGGGCGUGGUAGGGGCACUUUACUACUGCAGCAAGUUGGAUUGUUACCUUGACUUUUGGUAAACCGCCAUUCUGUUAUUUAUAUUGUCAAAUUUUUAGCAAAGUUGUGUUAGUUAAUUAGGAAUGUUUGUGCAGCUCAAAUAUUGUGUAAUUUUGUUAUUUAUUUUGAAUUGUGAAUUACUCGUAAACACUUCUGAAAACGAAAAGAUAAUUUGUUUGACGUUGACAGAGCUCCGCCAACUCUAUUUAUUUAGAAAUAUUUCUGUUCUGUUCAUCCUAGUAGAGUUUAAUUUGAAUAUUUUUAUUCCUCUUCGUUUAUUUAUUAUUAUUAUUUUUUUAAUAUUUGCUUACAAAUAUUAUAUAUUUGUUAAACCGUUAUAUUUCCGCUUUGGGAUGUGGUUGUUUUUCCUUAAGUGUUUUUAUAAACACUGACAAAAUGGAACUUAUGCUUGAUGACGAAAUGAGAGAAGCCUGUUUUUUUAAAUGUGACAUACUUCUAAAAUUUUUACCAAAAUUACUAAAAAUUUUCGUUUUUUUAUCUAUUUUUUAUCUAUGAAAAUUCUCGGUCUGUCUGUCUAAAAAUUAAAAAAAAACGCCAUUACAGUGGCACCCAUAAUUACAAUAAUAAAUCUCGUCUAGUUUUUUUUGAAAACCUCAAGUUAGACUAUAUCCCAAAUUCGAUUCCGUCGUUUUGUAUAAUAGCUAGGGGCUGCCCCUGCUUCACGGAUCUGCUUCCGACACGAGCCAGCGCGGUCAACUAAUCUGAAAUAAACACUCCCCAUAAUACAUUGAUUUAUGUUAACGGACAAACUAGAAUGCACAAAACACCGAUCCAGGGAAUAUGUACGACGGGUGAGUUACAGUGGGUCUGUCCACGGACUAACGACAGGCUUACGUAAUAUUCUUCAUGAAGAUGUAUAUAUAUGUACAGAGUUUUUUGGUUGUACUUUAUUUUUGUUUUCACGAAAUAGCUAUCUUUUCUGACA